AUGGUUUUCCUGGCAAACUAUCUGAACUUCGUGUCACCUGCCACAGUGGAUGAGUAUAUCUGUGUGGAGAUUCCAGAUAAGACACAGUUUCCACGUCUACAUGCGUUGUCUACAUGCGUUGUCAAGAGCGUCGACAUCUGGAAGAGCAGUGACUGUGAGACCAAGGGAAAUAUUCUGUCAGGCGAGCACUAA